AGCUUUUCCAUGGCUGGCGCUGAAACUACUGUCCUAGACGUUUCAGAAUGCCUGAUAGCACAGAUCCUGGCAAACAAGAUCAGAUAUUCACCUCUGCAGACCGGAUCCAGCAACUGAACGAGAUUGACAAGGAUGUCGCAAAACUAAUACAUUCCGCUGGCCUGGCUAUCCAAGCCUUGACGAACGCCAAAUCCGACGAUCCCUCGUCUCCAGCAGACGAUUCUCUCGCAUCUCACAAGGCCCGAUUCCAGGGAGCUACGUCGCAGUACUUUGCGCUGCUCUCGUCCAUUGACGUCAGACUCCGUCGCCAGGUCUACGCCCUUGAGGAAUCUUCUAUUCUCGUCUCAGAGUCUUCCGCGUCACGGGCAAGAGAUGCUGGUAGUGCUGGUGGUCCUACGGCGGGGACUGCCAAUCCGCUUGACAUCAGCUGGUUGAAUAGUAGGAAGGAUACCGUGGGGAAGGACAAAGAGGCAGAACUCUGGGCUGCUGCGAGAGAGUUUGCGGAGAAAAUUGGCAAAUCGUCACCGUCGCCGAAACUCGAGACAAGUCAUGAAAUGGACGUCGAUCAAGCGUAGGUGGGCUUGGUUCGCCGUGCCACCACUCAUUCUCCUUUGGAUUGCCUACUAUUGUUAAGGCUGUGAUGACGUUGACGGUCACACGACAGAACCCAACUCCGGCGAUUCCUUCGAGCCUGAAGAUUAUCCUAUGCGCAAUGAUCUCUGGAAGACUAACGCCUUUGUCAAUGGGAACACCUAGGCUUUGCCUUAUCGACCGUAUUAUCGGAUAUCUUUAAUCCGAGCAACGAGGAGUGAGCAAU